AUGGGAUUUCUAGUACUAUCAAUAGCGUCGAAUUCGGUUCAAAAUGCGCAAAGCUAAGCAAUGUCAAAUGAUGACUAUGAUUAAUUGGGAUACUUCUCUCUAGCGCUCUUGUAUCUGACUCUCGGUUUCGGUUGCUUAAUCGCCACUGCAAUUAUGGGGAAAAUCGGAGUGAAGAAGAGUUUAAUGCUCGGAAGCUUUUGCGACACUCUAUGGAUCCUUUGUUCUCUCCCGCCUGCAUUACAAGCGGAGAACCCAGACUCUGAUUCUUUCUUCUAUUCAAAGGGAUUCAUUUACUUUAUUUCCUUAUUCGCAUCUGUUCUUGAUGGUUUUGGAGAUGCAGUUCAGUGGGUGGCCCAAGGGAAAUAUAUCUCAGAUUGUGCUACAGAAAAAACUAAAGGAUUCUACUUUAGUUACUUCUGGACAUACUACAUGUCCUCUCAAGUCUUUGGCAAUUUGAUUGCUGCAUUUGUUCUCAAAUAUUUCAAAUAAUCCUCUUUCUACUUGAUCAUGGCAGGGAUAUCUUCAAGCUCAAUAAUAAUAUUUGCAACUCUUGGAAAACCAAAGCUUCAAGCUAGGAUAAGAGCAGCUGACCCCAAUGAGACACAUUCUCAAGCCUAUUCUCUGUUAAUAAGAUCAGACGAUUAAUAGAAUCAGCCAAAUUCUGGAAAUACCUUUGUAGAUGAUGGUGAUAAUUAUGACUCACUACCUCUUUGGGAGGAAGUAAAAGCUAUCAUUAAAUUGAUGUUUUCAAAUAGAAUGAUGAUUCUACUCCCACAAGUUUUCUGGACUGGAAUAAGUUUGGCUGUAUAUACAGGUCUUCUAGUUCCAAUCAUCACAGAUACAAUUCCUGGAGAUGAUGAUCAAGAUAAGUUAAUGAAAUCCUUGUUCGCCAUGGUUUCCUUAGGAGUGGGUGAGAUGGUUGGUGGUCUAUUUAUAGGCCAAAUAAUUGAUAGAUAUGGAAACAGAUGGACAACAUUUGCCAAUAUUGUAAUGAUAAUAAUACAAACAGCUAUUGCCAUAAUAUAUAUAUUGAUCUAUGAAUACUCUUGGCUAGCUUUCCUAAUGACUUUUGUUUGGGGAUUUACUGAUAGUGCUAAUGUCACUCAUACCUCUGAAAUGCUUGGAUUCGAAUUUGAUAAUAACUCUAGACCAUAUUCAAUAGAUAACUUAGGAUAAGCUAUUGGUGCUUUCGUAUUUUAAAUCAUCGAAGCAUGGAUUUACGGGAAGAACGCCUAUCUUAUUUUCAAUAUUGUAAUCGGUAGUUUAGGAGUACUGUUUAACAUUACAACUUUGUUCUUUACUUUCAAACCUAAGCCAAGAGACCUUGAAAAAAUGACCUUAAGAGGUACAGAUAUCAGACUUCGCAAAGGAUCCUAUAUUGGUUCUAUGCUAGAUAGCCAGAAAAAAUCACUUAAUGUCGAAAAAACUCAAUCAGUCGGAGAAUCUCAUGCUGAGACUAUUUCAAGGAAAAAAUCUUAAAUAGCAAACUGA